AUGUCUGCCGAGGGAGAUCGACCCGCCCAGCUGGAGCCGUCCGAUCUCGGCACAAAAGAAUAUUGGGACCACCUCUACACGAGCGAACUGCGCAACCACGCCGCCGAUCCGUCCGACAUUGGCACCGUCUGGUUCGACGACUCGGACGCGGAAGCCAAGGUAGUCGACUUCCUCUCCGACCUGGCGUCGUCGUCGUCGUCGUCGCCGUCGUCGUCGCCCGACGCGCCAUCCAAGCAAACGGCGUCGCUGCUCGACCUCGGCUGCGGCAACGCCUCGCUGCUGUUUGCCCUGCGCGCCGCAGGCUGGACGGGCCGCGCGCGCGGCGUCGACUACAGCCCGCAGAGCAUCGCGCUCGCCAGACAACUCGCCGAGUGGGACGUCGUCGCAGGCCCCCUCGACGCCUUGCUCGACGGCGCCCAGGCCCGCGGCUGGGACCUGGUCCUCGACAAGGGCACCUUUGACGCCGUCAGCCUGUCCGACGAGCGCGACGCCCACGGCCGCCGCCGCCCCUGCGAGGCCUACCGCGACCGCGUCGUGCGCCUCGUCCGCCCCGGCGGCCUCUUUGUCGUCACCAGCUGUAACUGGACGGAGCCCGAGCUUGUCGAGUGGUUCGCCGGCCGCGACGACGAGGGCGACCGCCACCAGCUGGGCUUCGCCGUCGCCGGCAGGGUCCAGUAUCGGACCUUUAGUUUUGGCGGCGUCAAGGGUCAGACCAUCAGCACCGUGGGCUUCCGCAAGCUCUGA